AUGAUGUGGUUUUGUGUAGCGGUGGCGGCCGCGGUGAUAGCCGCUUUGAGCGUACGUGGGGAGCAAGUUAUGCUCCUCGAUACUACUACAGAGGAUAGUACACUUAGUUGGACGCGCUUUCCUUACGGUCCUCAAGCAAGUGUUUCAGGGUGGGUAGAAGAGACGUACAGUAAUUUUGAAAAAGAUAUUACCUGGCGAUCUUAUGUUGUAUGUGACGUUGGUCAUCAUAAUGUCAAUAAUUGGUUGUGGACACCAUUCAUUGAACGCAGAAAUGCCAACAGAAUUUAUAUUGAGAUUAAAUUUACUAUAAGGGAUUGUUCAUUAUUCCCUGGCAAUGCCCUAAGUUGCAAAGAAACUUUUAGUUUACUGUAUUAUGAAUUUGAUGUAGCAACGCGUGAACAACCACCGUGGGAACCGGAAAGUUACAAAUUAGUUGGCCGCAUAGCUGCUGGGGAAGGUCGCUUUAAUACUAACUCUGAAGUUGACAUUAAUACAGAAGUGAAAAGUAUAGCUGUUACAAAAAGAGGUGUUUAUUUUGCAUUUAGAGAUCAAGGUGCGUGUAUCUCUAUUUUAGCAGUCAAAGUUUACUACAUCACUUGCCCAGAGGUCACUGUUAAUUUUGCACGAUUUCCUGCAACCCCAACUGGUAAAGAAGUAACAGUUAUAGAAUAUGCAAAUGGGACUUGUGUAGAAAAUGCAGAAACACCACCUGGCGUGACUCCUCCAGUUUACUUGUGCAAAGGUGAUGGAAAAUGGACACUACCAAGUGGAUCAUGCAAGUGCCGUGCUGGCUUUGAACCAGACAAUACAAAUCAAGUAUGCAAUGAAUGCCCACCUGGAAAAUUUAAAUCUCAUACUGGUGAUGAUCCUUGUGUUCCUUGCCCCGAUUAUUCUGAAUCAACAGCCUAUGCAGCAGCAGAAUGCAAAUGCAUACCCAGUUAUUACAGAGCGAAAAAGGACCCAAAAAAUGUUCCCUGCACCCAACCACCAUCAGCUCCAGAAAAUCUUACAGUAACAUUUGCUGAUCAAUUUUCAAUUUCACUGGCAUGGCAACCACCACAUAAAAAUGGUGGGCGUACUGAUGUCACUUACAGUGUUCAUUGCUCCAAUUGUGGUCCUAGUGUUGAGUAUAGACCUGCUUCAAGUGGUUUAAAUGCUACCCGAGUCACUGUUAUAGGAUUAGACCCUGUAACAGAAUAUAAAUUUCAAGUAUUUGCAACAAAUGGUGUUUCAGAAAUUACAGGGGAGCCUCCAAAGAAAGCAGAAAUAACAGCUGUGACUGAAGCUUCAGUAGUAAGUGUGGUGUCAAAAUUAAGAAUUCUCAGUGUUGAAAGUGAUAAGCUUUCACUUGCCUGGAACCCGCCUCCAGUGGAUUUAACAGAUCCUGAGGAUACAAUAGAAAGUUAUGAAGUAAAAUGUUUUCCAAAAGAUAAUUUAGAUAAAAGCUCUAAUGCAACAUUGAGAAUUACAAAUGAACCUCAUAUUACAAUAACAGGAUUAAAAAGAGAUACAGAGUAUGGGAUAAGAGUACGGGCUAAAAUGAAACGUGGUUGGGGUGAAUUUAGUGGUAUUGUAUAUGCACGUACUGGAUCUGUUUUAGAAACAACAUUUGUGGGUGAAGAAGAAGGUGCACAAGUACGUUUAGUUGCUGGUGUUAUGGUAAUUGUUGUUGUCUUAUCUGUGGUUGCCAUAAUUGCUACUGUUCUCUUUUUGCGUUCACGUACUGAUGAUGAAUGUGACAAAAAACAACCAAGUGAUUGUAAUGCAUUGAAUUAUCGCAAUGGUGAAGUAUAUACUGGACCAGAAAGACCAACAAAAACGAGCAGUAAUGCUACUACACCACUGUUUGCUGGAACAGGUUCGAGAACUUAUAUUGAUCCUCAUACUUAUGAAGAUCCCAAUCAAGCAGUCAGGGAGUUUGCAAGAGAAAUUGAUGCAUCAUGUAUAACAAUAGAAGCCAUUAUUGGUGGUGGAGAAUUUGGCGAUGUAUGCCGAGGUAAAUUAAAAUUGCCGGCUAGUUGUGGACAAGAAAUUGAUGUGGCAAUUAAGACUCUUAAACCAGGGUCAACAGAGCGAGCUAGAAGAGAUUUUCUUGCUGAGGCAUCUAUCAUGGGUCAGUUUGAACAUCCAAAUGUAAUAUUUUUGCAAGGUGUUGUCACUAAGUGUAAUCCAAUAAUGAUUAUAACAGAAUUUAUGGAAAAUGGAUCCUUAGACACAUUCCUACGUGCAAAUGAUGGAAAGUUCCGAGUUUUGCAAUUAGUUGGAAUGUUACGAGGCAUUGCUACUGGUAUGCAGUAUUUAUCUGAGAUGAAUUAUAUACAUCGUGAUCUUGCGGCUCGCAAUGUUCUAGUUAAUUCUCAGUUAGUAUGCAAAAUUGCUGACUUUGGAUUGUCACGUGAAAUAGAAUCAACGGCUGAUGGAGCAUACACAACUCGUGGAGGUAAAAUACCAGUGCGAUGGACUGCACCUGAAGCUAUUGCCUUUAGGAAAUUCACAUCUGCAAGUGAUGUCUGGUCUAUGGGAAUUGUAUGCUGGGAAGUAAUGAGCUUUGGAGAGCGUCCAUACUGGAACUGGAGUAAUCAAGAUGUGAUUAAAUCAAUUGAAAAAGGUUACCGCCUACCAGCACCUAUGGACUGCCCAGAAGCAGUGUAUCAACUCAUGCUAGAUUGCUGGCAAAAAGAGCGCACUCAUAGACCUACUUUUUCAAGUAUUGUUAAGACUUUAGAUAAACUGAUUCGUUGCCCUGAUACUUUAAGAAAGAUUGCUCAGAAUCGUUCUGCAGAUCCUCUCGCUGGUGAUACACCUGAUUUAAUUCAAUUUUCUUCUGUAGAAGAAUGGUUGGAAUGUAUAAAAAUGUCACGGUACAUUGAAAAAUUCAGGGCAGCUGGUAUUACGGACAUGGAUGCAGUUGUUGAUCUUACUGUACAGCAGUUGUCCUCUCUGGGUGUCACUCUAGUUGGACACCAGAAAAAAAUUAUGAACAGCGUACAAAGCAUGCGUGCGCAAAUUCGUGUCAGUGGCCCUUAUGGUUUUCUUGUGUAA